AUGACCUCUCAGAAUUCAGGAAUCGAGACAGCUUUUCCAGCUCCCUUCGAGAACGCCACUGUCAAUAUCGAUAGCCCACGCUCUGCAUUAUCGAGUAUCACCGAGGAUCAUAUCCGUUUGAGCACAUCCAGCUUCCUCACAAAGAGCUAUUUGCAUCUAAUUGAGGCUUUCAGCUUGUUCUCUGCGCUCUGGACGGGUGACGGCCGGUGGGCCGAGGGCUCUAUUGCCGACUAUGACUUGAUUCUCUCCAUCUCUGCGGAGGCCAUCAACCGCCAAUUCAAAAUCCUUUAUGAUACAAAGAUUCGGACUUCGGAUGAUUUCAAACCUCCUUCACCGCUGGCCGCUCCUGCCGAAUAUCUCCUCUACCAUCGCUUGGAGAUCCACCUUGAUAAGAAGGGCAAACCAAAUCCCAACUAUGGACUUAGUGCCUUCAUAGAUUGUCCCCAGGUCAGCUUUGAUGGCCUGGCAAGCAAGGUUAACGAUUAUCGGACUGCCAAGAUCAGUAUCAAGUUCAUAAAGGAGGGCAACGUCGACAGCAAGUUCAAAGAGCCCUACAUCACGGAGGUUAUGCAAAUCGAAAUCCAGGAGACUAUCGUGACAGGCUGGACCAUGUCCUGGGAAGUCAAAUUAGGUCGUCAUGACAUCCAGGAUAUCAUGGCAGCUACAGCGUUCAAGGAUCUUCAUGAGCUCAAUAGAAAAGAAGCUGAAAAGGCAAAGGCUGAUGGCGUAGAUUCGCGGAACUUCCUUGUGUCCUCAAUUUUCUGCGUUUUCCAAGCGGCUCAAAUGGCCAACACAUUCCAACUGCGCAAUCCCGAAGGCAAACUCCUUGAGCUGGGUGAAGCUCCAGGCGACUUCACGCUCACCGUCAGCAAGUACUUCACUGGGAUGCAAGUGAAGGAAGGACAGAUGACUCCCGACAAUCCAUUUGUCUUAGGUUAUGGAAUCAGUCAAGAGUUGCUCAACAUCAAAGAGGUCAACAGCGAGAUUAAACAGCCUAGCCGCAACACGCAUGGAGAAACCAAUCCAUCCGCAGGCGUGCUCGACCAGACACUCUUCAACAAGACUCGCACGUCAUCUCACGAUGGCGUGAUGGCCUUCUGCAAAGAAAUCAUCUUUGACAAAUACAUUUGCGAGAACCUUGGCUCGAAGUUCCUCAUGGACCCCAAGUUGAUUGUCAAAGGAUUAUGUCAGUGGAAUGGUUCUUCACUGGAGGAAGACAACCCGGUGGAAACGAAGAUCGUCUCGCAAAACGGUAGACCUCCCGUUUUCAAGAUGGAGCGGAAGUUUAAGCACCAUAUGUACGAUGCCGACGAGACUUUUAUGAAGAACCGACGUGAAGUAGAGGGUUCCACUUGGGUCGAGUUGUCUAUGACUUCCGACUUGCUCGAUAAUCCCACGUCUCUAAUUGACAAAGAUGCCAAGAGGCGCACUUACAUAGACGUCUUGUACGGUGCCAACGUCAACCACAGGAACCAAACUCAAGGGAGGAUCGGGUCGCUGGUACAGAUGGAGGCUGGCUGGUCAACACAGUACUGA